CCCGUGUAAUAGCCUUAUAGCCCUAGUCGUCGUCCUCUAUGAUCUGUUGCGUGAAGAGACCGAGGCCCUGACGAUGUGAGAAAGUGUGAAACAUAAAUCGACAACUGCGAGCCGAUCCGGCGACUUAACUGCGAGGCCGCGACUUGACUGAGAGGCUGUGAAUUGUGAACAUCGUGUUGUACGGAGCUGAGACCCCCUCGCUUGACUGAGGUUGCGAUUUUAAGGGUAGCCCAUUUUGAAGGCCCAAGAACAAUACAGCAUGCACACUGACCAAAGAAGCGUGAUUUCCCCGUGCUCCGCCUGUGCAGCCGUAGACGGCGGCCUUGUGAUACCAGCGACGGAUGCAAUUCGUUCAUUUCUCGUCGCUUCUACGCAGGACUCUCACCUUGCUGAAGAUAUGAGAGACCUUGCUGCCUCACUCUCCCUGUUAGUGUCCAUUCCUUACAAACCUCUUCGAUCCGUAUGGAUGGGAUCGAACCCGACAAAAAGACCCGAACUCCUCUCCCUUCUAUGUGGAACCGAUUUCAUGUUCCCUAGCCCCAAGCCAAGAGAAAAGAGCAAGGAGCUGAAGGCUCGGCUAAGAAAGCUUGUGGAGGCAUCGGAGAGGAAAGCCUAUGAGGAAUUAGUCAAGGACAUAACCCCCAGGAAGAAAGUGGAAGAGCCUUUCUCUUCUUACAAGGAUCAAUUGGGAUUCGGCUUGCACGUUGUGCUUAUUAUGUUCACCGGCUUUUUGGUUGGAUAUGCUGCUUUCAGGGCAUUGUUUAGUCACAGUCCAGCCAUGAAUGCUGCUGGUGGUAUCCUCGGAUUGGUUGUAGGCAUGUUGGUUGAAACACUUCUUUUCGUUGUUAGAACUACUAGUAUGGAUCGAAGAUCCAGUUUUACUUCUCAAACGAAAAAGAAUCAGUGAAGUUCACCAUAAGGCUGUGUUUGGAAUGCAGAACAUGGUACGUGAAGGCAAACAAUGUUUAAAAGAUUGAGAUAUGUUUAGAUUUUUAGUUUUUAUCAUAGAAAUAGAUUAGUUAAAUGAGCUAGAACCAGUAUAAAAGAAAUAAAUAUACUUCGGAUGAACAAAUAUUUUUUCAUCACGUUUUCUCUCCUUCCCAAAUUCCCUAUUGUUUCUUCUGUGUUUAUUUCCCUAUUCCAGCAUUUAGACAUUUGUGGUUUGAUGUUUUCUGCUAUUUGAACUGCAAAAAGUUUAUAUAUGUUUGGCAAUUGUGAUAUAUUAAAUUAAGGCCAUCGUCUUAUCUCUAUUGCUGUCA